UGAUUAUGCAGCUGGCAGUGGAUGGUUUAAUGGUGUCUAACACUACGGUGUCCAGACCGGAGACGCUCCAGGACUCUCAGAGGUCUGAGGCCGGCGGGCUGAGUGGGCAGCCUCUCAAAGACCUCUCUACCACCACAGUGAGAGAGAUGUACCACCUCACCAAAGGUAAAGUACUAAUCAUUGGAAUUGGUGGUGUGGCCAGUGGGCAGGAUGCUAUGGAUAAGAUCCGUGCCGGUGCGUCGUUGGUUCAGCUUUACACAGCUCUGACCUACCAGGGUCCGCCUGUAGUGACCAAGAUAAAAAGGGAGUUGGCGCAACUUCUUAAGGAACAGGGGUUCAGCAGUGUAUCAGAGGCGGUUGGAGCAGAUCACAGGGGAGCAGAUGGGUCAGCUAAUAAGCAGAGCGUGCGGAAAGAGAUGGUAAAUGCUAACACAUUAAAUGCUACACAGCACCUGUAGCUGCCAUCUCGUCCAAUCAGACAACAUGAUCCUCAACUUUUCCUGAACUUUGCUGAAUGCUGAGGAUUGUCUGUCCGUCCGAGUGAUUUCAAGGACGAGAUUAUGGUCUGAACUGGGAGCUGUUGACAACAUAUUUUAGGUACUUGUGGCGAGAAAAUUCUGAAUGCACCAAAUCUCACCUUUACUUGAACAUAUAAACAACGUUGUAAUUAAAAUCUUUUUUGUUUUAUAAAGAA